GUGACAGAAUACGGCAUUUAGACAAUGAGCUACUGAUAACUGUAGUUCAGGCGCCACAGGUCACAGUAAAUACCUCAGUCCCUCUAGCGGGAGCACACAGUGGCACUUAAAGGACUCAAGAGGGGAGGACACUCAACAGAGGAGAGGAGAUUAGCCUGACAAAGACACUAAGGGAAGACUCAAGAGUGACACAUUGAAGGCACCAUGAAGCUGAAGCUACCAAAUCCGGGACUGGAUGAUCGGAUCCUCUCUCAUAGGGAACUGGAGAAGCUGGAGCUGGAGGAGGCCGGAGACAGACCCAAAUGGGACAAUAAAGCCCAGUACCUGCUCACCUGUGUGGGGUUCUGUGUGGGGCUCGGCAAUGUCUGGAGGUUUCCUUAUUUGUGCCAAAGCCACGGAGGAGGUGCAUUCAUGAUCCCCUUCCUAAUCCUUGUGGUUCUGGAGGGAAUCCCGCUGCUGCACCUCGAGUUUGCCAUCGGUCAGCGCCUGAGAAAAGGAAAUGUGGGCGUGUGGCGGUCAAUUAACCCUUACUUGACUGGAGUUGGUAUAUCAUCGUUGAUGGUGUCCUUUCUGGUGGGCAUGUAUUACAACACCAUCAUGGCUUGGAUCAUGUGGUACCUCUUCAACUCCUUUCAGGAUCCUCUGCCCUGGAGCCAGUGUCCGCUCAAUGCUAACCGCACAGGUCCAGUGGACGAGUGUGCGCGCAGCAGCACCGUAGAUUAUUUCUGGUACAGAGAGACCCUCAACACGACAGACUCCAUUGAGGAGAAUGGAGGUCUGCAAUGGUGGAUGGUGCUCUCCCUGAUUUCCGCCUGGACUGUGCUCUACGUCUGCUGCAUCCGCGGGAUCGAGACCAGCGGCAAGGCUGUGUACAUCACCUCCACUCUGCCGUACGUGGUUCUGACCAUCUUCCUCAUCAGAGGACUCACUUUGAAAGGUUCAGUGGCAGGAAUCAAGUUCCUCUUCACACCAGAUGUGAAUGAGUUGAUGAAUCCAGCAACGUGGUUGGAUGCCGGUGCGCAGGUGUUCUACUCCUUCUCCUUGGCAUUUGGUGGUCUCGUCUCCUUCUCUAGUUACAACUCUAUCCACAACAACUGCGAGCAGGAUGCUGUUCUCAUCUCUAUCAUCAACGGCUGCACAUCGGUGUACUCGGCCACCGUCAUCUACUCCAUCAUUGGCUUCAGGGCCACAGAAAAAUAUGAAGCCUGCAUCGACGGCAACAUCCUGAAAUUGACAAACGCCUUCGACUUACCCGAGAGCAACAUCACAGAGAGCAACUACGGCGACAUGCUUCUGUACCUCAACCAAACCAAUCCAGAUGUUAUUCAAAACUUGAAAAUACAGCCAUGUGAUAUGCAGUUCUUCCUCAGUCAGGGGGUGGAAGGAACAGGUUUGGCCUUCAUUGUCUUCACAGAGGCCAUCAUAAAGAUGCCCGUUUCGCCGAUCUGGGCCGUGCUCUUCUUCAUCAUGCUCUUCUGCCUCGGUCUAUCGACUAUGUUUGGAAACGUGGAGGGAGUAGUCGUACCGCUGCAGGAUCUGAAAUUGUUCCCGAAAAAAUGGCCAAAAGAGCUUUUCUGUGCUGUGAGCUGUUUUAUCUCUUUUUCCUUCGGCAUCAUAUUCGCCAUGCGCUCCGGAAACUAUUGGUUGGGUCUUUUCGACAAUUUUGCUGGUUCCAUUCCUCUUCUGGUCAUCGGGCUUUGUGAGAUGGUUUCCGUUAUCUACAUUUAUGGCAUAGAUAGGUUUAACAAAGACAUUGAGUUCAUGAUUGGACACAAGCCCAACAUCUUCUGGCAGGUGACCUGGAGGGUGGUUAGCCCGCUCAUCAUGGUCUUCAUCCUGGUGUUUUACUUUGUAACGCAGGUCACAAAGUCACUCACGUAUUUGACCUGGAACCCAGAGUCGGAGAGCUUUCCCACACUUGAAGUGCGUCCCUACCCUAGCUGGAUCUCUGGUAUGGUUUUUGUCCUGGCCGGCAUUCCCAGUUUAGUCAUCCCAGCAGUGGCCCUUUUCAAAUUCUUGCAAAGGAAAUGCUGCAAACGGAAGGACAACAGUGAUGACACAGUGAACACAAUCUCUGCCCAAAUUCAAAUAACUGAUAAAAUGAAUUAUUAGCCAGGUUUUACUUGUUUUUUUUUUCUUUAGUUUUCCAGUAAACCAAAUCUGUUAAUACUCUUUAUAGGAGUUUGUUUUGAAACUGUCACGUAAAUGUUUUCUUUCAACCCACAUUUGUGUUGUUAAUAGUGUAUUUGUGAAUGUGCUGCUGGAUAAUUGUAAUAUUUAAUAUCUUGAGUGUACUGUGUAACCAUUUAUGCCUGUGUGAUGCGGAGUUAUUAUUUGAAUAAAUGUGUAAAUAAUAGCCAUUUUAACACUGAAAGAGCAAUAAAUGUGCCAUUUUUUUGUAUCAUAUUA